AGAAGAAACACAACAAAUGACAAUAGUAGCUAGUAGUAAUGUAGCUCUAGCUACUAGUAAGGAACGACGACGUACUGUAUGGAAUUGAACUGUUGCCCAUCUUUCUCUGCUUUUCGCUCAAAUAUCAUUUUCUGUCACCUCCAAAUAGAAUCAUGCGAUCGCUACAGUCUCUACUACUCCUUGGUUUGUGUCAUCUUCCAGUGGCGCUAGCAUGGCAAAGUGUUCCAUGGAACGGACGCUCCAAUUUGCGGAAACAUCAUCAACCAAAACACUACCCAAAUGAAAGUAAUGAUGGGACUAGUCGAAGAUCGUUAUUGGGAGAAAUUGGUUGUGGAGCUUUGGUGAUGGUAUCCACCCUUUUACCACAAGAUGCGCUGGCUGCUGACGGAAAUUCAGCUUCUUUAGAACAAAAGCAGUCCUUUCCGACAUCGGCAGGUCGUCGUGGCUGCAAGACCAUUUCGGAUCCGUCUCGGACAUCUGUGACCUGUAGGGGUGAUUUACGAUCCGCCAAUACCGAUGGUCGACUCUCCAGAGUAUCUGCCACCGAAAAUGGAGUUUCUACCUCUGCGGUCCGCAAUCCCUCUCGUUUUUCUCCUCCAUGGACGUAUCUGACGGAAACAUCCAAUUCCAAAAAGGCAUGGGAUUCCUUGGUGAAUGCCGUCUUGGCGGUAGAUCCCAACGUCAAGAUUGAAACUUUGACGGAGGACUAUUUGCAUGCUACUGUACCGACCCAAUCACCACCCGGUUUGUCAGGAGAAGGUGGAUUGGAUGAUUUGGAAUUUUUGUUGAGACCAGACGACAAUGUAGUGUUGUAUCGAUCCGCCAGCCGCACAUCCAUCUUUGUCUAUCCACUCACGCAGCCCGUCAGUGAUCAAAAUUCCAACUUGAAGCGAUUGCAAAAGAUUCGAACCCUUUUGGGAUGGGAAGAGCUGGGAUAUCGCCAGGAAGGAUCUAAGCGAAUAUGAAGGAAUUACUAUUUUAAGGUGGUCGCCCAGAAUUAUUAAGCCAGCUCCAGGCUGCGAACAAUACAGGUGCGUAGAUAAUGAAUUAUCGCGAGAGCAUCGCGACAGAACAACAACAACAAAAGAAUCGACGCCUUCUGCUAAAGGUGUGUUGUAAUCGGUGGAUGGCACACCCAUCGGACUAUUGUAUGUACAUUUAGUGUCUGUUAUAGUGUAAGGAAGGUGUAAGCCGCUGGGAUU